AAUCAUGUCGACAUUAUGGAAGACUACUUCGCGCCCGACAUGGAGGAAGACGACGAGUCACCGCUGCCGCGAUUCGAGGGCUCGGGGGUCGGCCUCGAGGGAGCGCCGCCGCGUCUGCCGCCGCCCCCGCCCCUGCACGGCUGCAGCACGGAGCACUGCCAGAGCAUGGGCGUGCGGGUGUGCUCGGGCGUGGAGUGGGAGCGCGUGCAGUUCCCCAACUGGCUCGGCCUCAGCCCGCCCGACGUCGAGCCUGUGGCAGCCCUCUUCUGGCACCAGCUGCACACCAUCGGCUGCGGCGCCCUCUUCCGCUUCGUCGUGUGCAGCAUCCUGGUGCCGCCCUGCACGCCCGGCCUCACCGCGCCCCUGCCGCCCUGCCGGGAGGCGUGCGAGGACGCCCUGGCCCACUGCCUGCCCAUUAUGGACAAGUUCUUCCUGACGUGGCCUGAGGCGACCUUCGCGUGCGCCGACCUGCCCACCAGCGACCAGCGGCCGUGCCUCAGGUACCACCAGGGCCAGGUCGUGUUCCCCGCGGACGUGCGCACCAACUGCUCCCUCGACGACCCCGGCGACGGCUACGACCACCUGCCGGAGAUCAAGGCGGACGAGGCGGCCGACGACGAUGACUUCCUCGUCGCGGGCUCCGGAGACGGCGACAGUACGGACCUCUCGUUCCUCGUCUCCGCCCACGACCUCGGAGGGACAGGUCCUGCUCACGAGGCGCCCGCGCCCUCGUCCUCUCAUCCUCCUCCUCCUUCUUCUUCUUCUUCUACUUCUUCCUCCUCCUUCGUCACGCCCAUCCUACCCCCGACCCACACCCCCUCCCCUCUCCCCUGGUCGACCUCCUCGCCCCCGGAGGUCACCGACAGAGCCCCCCCGAUGCUGAGGUCACGGCCCGACCUCCCUCGAAGCGGCCUUCCUCCCGAGGUCUUCCAUCCGGGCUCCGGGGACGCUAGCGCUGGUUACCAGUUGGGAAAUUAUGUUGUAGAGGACCACUUCGGAAUCCCUGGACCGAAAGGUGACAAGGGGCAGCGGGGCCCUCCAGGCGAGAGUGUAGCUGGCCCACCCGGCCCACCCGGCCCACCCGGCCCACCUGGCCCACCUGGCCCACCUGCGUACAUGAACCCGGGCUUGAAUAUGCCGGAUUUCGGUUCCGGUGCUGGAGAGGACUUCAUCCCCGAGAUGGAAUUCAGCGGAAGUCGACGAGCGCCGCCCACGCCGCCCGGACAGUGCGUGUGCAAUGAGACGUCGUUAGUCGCCUCAAUCCUCGCGCAGAUCCCGCGCGGCCCCCCCGGCGAGGACGGCAAGGCGGGCAGGGACGGCAUGCCCGGGAUCCCCGGCACCUCCGGACGCCCUGGGCCCCCGGGGGAGAGGGGCCCCAUAGGAGGCAAGGGCGAGAAGGGCGACCGAGGCGAGCGAGGGAAUCCGGGACCCGAGGGCCAGCAGGGCGCGAAGGGCGAGUCGGGCAUGGACGGCGCCCCUGGGAUGCCCGGCGAGAGAGGCCCCCAGGGACCCCCAGGGAAGCCAGGCUGGGGCAACUCCAGAUACGACGUGGACAGCGGCCUGGCCAUGGCACCGGCGAGACCUGGCACCCCUGGCACUCCGGGCGAGAAAGGGGCACCGGGCGCACCUGGCAUCCGCGGCACUCGAGGGUACCCCGGCGCCAAGGGAGACAGAGGCGAAUCCGGGCUGCGCGGGGACAAGGGAGACACGGGCGAACCGGGAAGGAGCGGCCCGGCAGGACCCAAAGGAGAACCAGGAUCUCCCGGUAUGAACGGCGCCCCCGGUCCCCCAGGCUUCAUUGGGGUCCCUGGUGACAAGGGCGAUAAAGGUGAACGAGGUGAAACAGGUGUCGGUUCGCCAGGUCCCCCAGGUAGACCAGGGGGGCUUACGCUCGAAGACCACAAGGCUAUUGUCGAACAGGUCAGUUUCUAG